CCGACGAUGGUUAAAUAGAUAAUAACAAUGUCUGAAUGAGCUUUAGGAAGGGAGCGUAAUCAGUUAAACGUAAUGUAUCAUAAAUGCGCAGACCGCUUCUCAAAAAGUAGUUUAACGUAUUUCAGCAAACAACACGCAUAUAUAUGUACUUAGAUCAGAAGUGAAUACCCGAAGAUUAAAUGAAGCGCGAAAUGCAUAUACUUUUAUUGAAAAGUUGUACGUAUAUUGCUGUAUUAUCGAUAUGGUUACCGGUUACUUACGCGCGUCUUGCAAACGAAUCGUUCCCGAUUGUCUUGCCAAACGAUGUCGAAGUGCGCGACAUGAAUCAACUGAUACUGACUACGAGAAACAGAGUAGAAACGAAGCAAAUAACGACAAACGACGAAGAAGAAUCUGAUAGAAACGAAAUGAAGGAAAACGAGAGAACAAUGAACUGCACAGAUCGUUCUAUAGACGAUUUCCCGCAGGAUCUGUUCACGUACGAAGAACGUCGUCACGGAGCGGUAGUGUUACACGUUUUUCUUGGAUUAUAUUGCUUCCUAUUGACGGCGUUCGUUUGCCAUGAUUAUCUAAUACCUGCUGUCGAUCGCAUAUGCGUUAGCAUGAAUAUAAGCACCGACGUAGCUGGAGCGACGUUUCUCGCAAUGACCAGUUCCUUUCCCGAAUUAUUUGUGAACGUAAUUGGUACUUUUCUAACGGAGUCAGAUCUUGGUGUUGGCACCGUGGUCGGUAGCGCGGUAUUCGACACGUUUGCAACUCCGGCUUGCGGAGCGUUGACUGCUUUUUCCGCGAUUUCCUUAGAAUGGCGAAUAUUAUCGCGAGAUUGCACAAUGUACGUGAUAUCUGUUGGAACAUUGGUAGCAAUAAUGUGGGAUCAACGGAUUAAAUGGUACGAAGCGAUGAUAUUGUUAAUAUUGUUCUGCAUUUACCUAAUUUUGCUGUUUUGUGGCAAAGGUAUUAGAUUAUGUUGCGGUACAAUCUUUCCCUCUAAUUCCGAAUCAACGACGGAGUUCUCUAACGUUGAUGAGAAAUUGCCCCGCAAUGGCUCGUAUAAACUGCGCGCUUUGGAUAAUGUUGUUUAUAAUUCUAAUUUGGAAAGUCAGCAACAAGGUGGAAUAGGCGAUCUUAAAAAUACCGAGAAAUUAGAGAGUCGUUCUGUUUCUGAAUAUUUAUUUACUUGGCCAAGGGAACGAACUGUGAUCGCAAAAUGUUGGUUCCUGUUUUGCUGGCCAUUGAAAUUUUUGCUAUACAUAACGAUACCAGAUGCCAGGAUAGAACGAUUAAAACAUUGGUAUCCACUGACGUUUAUCAUGUGUCUGAUUUGGGUCGGUAUAUCUUCUUAUUUAGUCUCUUGGAUGACGACGGUUGUCGGUGAUACCAUAGGUAUUCCUGAUUCUAUUAUGGGUCUUACAUUUCUGGCAGCUGGUGGAAAUAUGCCGGAAAUUGCAUCCAUCGUAAUUUUAGCCAGACAAGGGGACGGAAACAUGGCGAUGAGCAACACGUUAGGAGCAAAUAUUCUUGAUAUUUUGCUUUGCUUGGGCUUACCGUGGAUGAUAAAAUGUCUAAUGAGAGGAGAAGACGUAGAGAUCAUAUCAGGAUCUAUAUCCUACAGUGUACUUUCAACUGUUGUUUGCAUAGUGAUUCUCUACGUAGUUAUAGCAUUUUCCAAUUUUAAAUUGAACAAACAAGUGGGAAUCAUAUGUCUGUUGGUAUACACGAUAUUUUUAAUAUUCGCUAUUCUCGUGGAACUGAACGUUUUCUAUUUGGUGAAUUUACCAAUGUGCGAUGAUUAAUUCUCUUCGCAUGCACAGUUCGUGUAAUAUUUUUUUGCCCGUUCUCCGUGCUAUAGGAUUCUAAUCGUUAAUCUCACAAAUCUCAUUAAUCUCGACAAUUUUAUUAAUUUUGUUAAUGGAAAAGGAGAAACAAUUUCCUAAAAAUUCAAAUAUCAUCUAUUCAUUUCCUUCACGUGUAUUAAAGACGUUAUAUGUAGAAUACUUACGAGACUAUCGUAAAUCCGUCAAUGAUAGCAAAGCUAACGAUUAAAGAUCGAAGCUGCGACAGACAGUGAAAAUUGAAACAAAAAAAAAAAAAAAAAGAAACAAUAUAGAUACGACGAACAACAAAUAUAUACUUAAAUAUGUGUUUAUGAUAUUAACUCAUCACAAAGCGGAAUAUUUCGUGAGUAAUAUCUACCACACGCGCAAUAAUCCGCGACUAGUGACUAAGUUUUAUAUUUAUAUAAAAUAUAAGUGUGAAUUAAGUGUAAUUUACCGGUAAACUGUGUAGUAAGCUGAA